GAGUGCAGACAGAUGGGGCCUGGUGCCCUUGAGCAGUUCCCGGGUCUCUGCUGCCACACAUCUCAUAGCGGGUGAUGCUGGGGGAAGCUUAUGCAGUCACAGUACUGGCUUCUUCCUCUUUUUCUUUCCAUACAAGUGGCUUAGGGAUGGGGUAGAGUAGUUGACUUAUUUGGAUGAAAACCACUAUCUUCUGUCAGAAACUCAAAAGGAAUCAUUGCUGGCAUGGUAACCUAAAGAAAAACAACCAGACAAGUGCCCAACGACAGUUAAAAAGGUUAUUUAUUAUCUUGCCAAGUUUAGGCUGGGCGUGGUGACUCAUGCCUGUAAUCCCAGCAUUUUGGGAGGCUGAGGCUGGUGGAUCACCUGAGGCCAGGACUUCGAGACCAGCCUGACCAAUACGGCAAAACCUCGUCCCUACUAAAAAUACAAAAAUUAGCCGGGCAUGGUGGUGUGAGCCUGUAGUCCCAGCUACUCAGGAGGCUGAGACAGGAGAAUUGCUUAGAUUCAGGAGGUGGAGGUUUUAGUGGGCCGAGAUCACGCCAUUGCACUCCAGACUGUGCGACAGAACGACACUCUGUCAAAAAAAAAAAAAAAAAUUAUCCUGCAAAAUUUGAAAAGGAAAUUCAAAUCAACAGCUUCUAAACUACUUUUUAACAUGACUCAUAAUAAGAAAUACAUUCUAUAGUACAUAUAUAUGUUCUAUAAUUUUGAAUAAAAGAAUUAACCACAUCACAUUUAUUUUACAACAUGUAAUACAUAUUUUUUAUUUUCCUUCAUUUGUUUUGAAUGCUCUGUGCAGUCUACAAAAAGUCCAAUAGUAAUAAUUAAAUUAGUCAUUAAGUUGAACAUUAUCUUGUCUUUUAAAAUGAUAAUCUCAAAAAUGAUCUUUUAUUUUUGAGAUUUAUAUAGAUACACACACACACACACACACACACACACACACACACACACACAGAGAGAGAGAGAGAGAGACAGAGUUUCACUCUGUCGCCCAGGCUGGAGUGCAGUGGCACAAUCUUGGCUAACUGCAACCUCCGUCUCCCGGGUUCAAGCAAUUCCUCUGCCUCAGCCUCUGAGUAGCUGGGACUACAGGCGUGCACCAUCAUGCCCAGCUAAUUUUUGUAUUCUUAGUAGAGAUGGGGUUUCACCAUAUUGGCCAGGCUCGUGUCAACUCCUGACCUCGUAAUCUGCCCACCGUGGCCUCCCAAAGUGCUGGGACUAUAAGUGUGAGCCACUGCACCCGGUCCAAGAUAAAAUUAUUUUAACAAUAUACUAUGAAGAGAAAAACACUGGCUAUGAAAGAAUAUGCAUAGUUUUACCCUGUUUAAAAAUAAAGAUUGAAAGAAUACAUAUGCAAAUAAGUUUACUUUUAUUUUUGGUAAUACUUUACUGGAUUGUCUGAAUAUUGACAAUCAGUAUGCAUCAUGAAGCUACAUGGCUAACAUUGAGUACUCACUGUGUGUGCCAGGCCCUGGGUUCAAUGCUCUACAUGCACUUAUAUUUCAUUUAAUUCUCUCUGCAACCUGAGAUGGUAUAGCCACCUCAUUUUACAGAGUUGAAACUGAGGCUCAGAGACUGAAAGUUAAGCCUGAGGUUACAGUCAAUAAGAGGCAGAGCUGGAACUGAAACCUACGUGUGUCUGACCACCAGUUCAUGUUCUGACGGCAGGCUAGUCUGCAUCACAGAGCGUGGGGUAGAUGGUGCAUGCCUGCUAGGAUGGGCUAGGUAUCACUGUAGGUAAGAAACAGCCCCAAACGAUGGAAAUGUACACCACUGAAGGCUCUUUUCCUGCCCAUGCUGCACAUCCUCCAUGGCUCUCCUGUGCCCUGUGCCCCGUGCCCCACAUGCCCUCAUCCUGCCACGAGAAUAAAGGAGCAGCCUCCAUGUGGGAGCUGUCAGCUGCUCUAAGAGAUGAAGGAGAGGGUGGCCAGUCUCAAUGGCUCCCAACUCUUUUGCCUCGAGGUGACACGCUUCACUUCCACUCACAUCUCUUGGGUCAAAGCAAAUCCCAUGUGUACGUCCACUUUCAAGUGGCCCAGGAGAGAACCUGAAAUACUCGGUGGACUCCAUUAAGGCCGUCAUAUGGUGUCAGCCUGCAUGGGAGACUGUGGAGGGGCAGAGGAGGAGAGUGGGGAACUGAUGGGAAAUGACAGGAGGACUAAGUCACCGCAGAUUUGCUUUAUCCUCAGCCAGGUGGAGUUUGUCCCAGAGCUGCACAAAAUCAUCACCAGCAUGAUGAAACGGAGUAGACUUCAGAAAAAGCAGUUUGGUCAGAUGUAAUCAGCAGUGAACUGAGAAUCAACUGAGUGACAUUGAGUCAGUAAAUCUCUGACUGCCUCAGUUACCCCAUGUGAUAGUUUUGAGGAUGGGAACAUUGAGAGAGUUGGUUUGGAAGGAUAUCAAGAGUAAAAAUUCCAACAUUUUAGUUCCUUUAAGUUAAAUCCAGGCACUAUUUUUCCUGCAAGUCUCCUGUUCCUUUCAGAUUGCACAGGUGAGAGUGCUCAGAUUAGGGCUGGAGGUUGUAAACUAUUGCUCCCACACUGACAGUGCCCCCGUGUCGUGCAUGUAUUCUGUGCAUUUUCCUGUGCUAAACACUCUCCCAAAACAUGGUGGGGCCUGAUUCUUCCUCUUUGUUCCAAUGGCCCUGGGUGACUCAAGUGCCCAUUCAAUGACCAGGACACAGAGGUCUUAGAGAGAUGCUCCAUGAGGCCCCAUGUGCGAGCCUGUACCCUGCCGGAGCAUGAGGCAAGGGACAGGGCAUCGUCUGUGGGGAUAGUGGGGGUAGUGGUCAGCCAGGCUUGGUGACUCUACUUGCUCACCAGAUGAUCCUACACCUGCCACCUCCGAUGGAUCCACUGCGUCUGUGCCUGCCUGUACUGCUGAUGCUCCAGUGGAUAACUCAGCAUCCCAGCCUAGGCCCAAUGCCACUGAAGAUGGACCUGCCCCCUGGGGACCCAGGAGUCCUACCACUCAGCUGUCCCCAGGAGUGCCCAGACCCUCAUUGUUAUCCAGGACCUAGGAGCCCUACCCCUGGCCUUCCCUCAUCAGCCGUAAAUGAUGAUUUACUGCUGUUACCAUCAUCACUGCCUUCAGUGACCAAGGGCCUUCCAAGGUGCCAGCUCUGGAACGAAGGAUGCCCUUGGGAGGUGAUGACACUCAGGUUGAUGGACGGAUGGCUACGUGGAUGUGAUGGAGAUGGUUUACUAUCGGGACCUUCCGCAUCCUGCUGAUGUUUUGUUGCUUAGGAUAUGAAUGGCUGAGCGGAGGCUGUAAAACCUGGCACCCUGCUUGGGUUAUCAAUACUCUGGCUGUCUAUCGUCAUCGUGAGACUGACUUUUGUGGAGGAGUUCGAGACCACCCUGGCCAACAUGGCAAAACCCCAUCUCCACAAAAAUUGGAUAAUUUGAUAAUUAUCAUUAUUGAGUUUCUGAGACCUUACACAUUUACCAUUCUCUUCUGCACAAAUUACCUUUGUUUGUCUUUCCUGAAGACUAUCUUCCAGUCUGAAAAUGGACAUGAUGGAUCCACGGAUGUACAGCAGAGAGCCUGGAGGUCCAACCGACGUAGACAGGAAGGAAAUAAAAUUGGCCUGAAAGACGUCAUUACUCUACGGAGACAUGUGAAAAGAAAAUUUAGAGCUAAAAUCCGUAAGAGGAAGGUGACAACGAAAAUCAACCAUCAUGACAAAAUCAAUGGAAAGAGGAAGACCGCCAGAAAACAGAAAAUGUUUCAACGUGCACAAGAGUUGCGGCGGCGGGCAGAGGACUACCACAAAUGCAAAAUCCCCCCUCCUGCAAGAAAGCCUCUUUGCAACCGGGUCAGAAUGGCGGCAGCGGAGCAUCGUCAUUCUUCAGGAUUGCCCUACUGGCCCUACCUCACAGCUGAAACUUUAAAAAACAGGAUGGGCCGCCAGCCACCUCCUCCAACUCAACAACGUUCUAUAACGGAUAACUCCCUGAGCCUCAAGACACCUCCCGAAUGUCUCCAUCGUCCCCUUCCACCCUCAGUGGAUGAUAAUAUCAAGGAGUGUCCUCUUGCUCCUCUUCCACACUCUCCUCUUCCACCCUCAGUGGAUGAUAAUCUGAAGGAGUGUCUCCUUAUCCCUCUUCCACCCUCUCCUCUUCCACCCUCAGUGGAUGAUAAUCUGAAGGAGUGUCUCCUUGCUCCUCUUCCACCCUCUCCUCUUCCACCCUCAGUGGAUGAUAAUCUGAAGGAGUGUCUCCUUGCUCCUCUUCCACCCUCUCCUCUUCCACCCUCAGUGGAUGAUAAUCUGAAGGAGUGUCUCCUUGCUCCUCUUCCACCCUCAGUGGAUGAUAAUCUGAAGGAGUGUCUCCUUGCUCCUCUUCCACCCUCAGUGGAUGAUAAUCUGAAGGAGUGUCUCCUUGCUCCUCUUCCACCCUCUCCUCUUCCACCCUCAGUGGAUGAUAAUCUGAAGGAGUGUCUCCUUGCUCCUCUUCCACCCUCAGUGGAUGAUAAUCUGAAGGAGUGUCUCCUUGCUCCUCUUCCACCCUCUCCUCUUCCACCCUCAGUGGAUGAUAAUCUGAAGGAGUGUCUCCUUGCUCCUCUUCCACCCUCAGUGGAUGAUAAUCUGAAGGAAUGUCUCCUUGCUCCUCUUCCACCCUCUCCUCUUCCACCCUCAGUGGAUGAUAAUCUGGAGGAGUGUCUCCUUGCUCCUCUUCCACCCUCAGUGGAUGAUAAUCUGAAGGAGUGUCUCCUUGCUCCUCUUCCACCCUCUCCUCUUCCACCCUCAGUGGAUGAUAAUCUGAAGACUCCUCCCUUAGCUACUCAGGAGGCUGAGGCGGAAAAACCACCGAAACCCAAGAGGUGGAGGGUGGAUGAGGUGGAACAAUCACCAAAACCCAAGAGGCGGAGGGCGGAUGAGGUGGAACAAUCGCCCAAGCUCAAGAGGCAGAGGGAGGCCGAGACACAAUUACCCAAACCCAAGAGGCGGAGGGCGGAUGAGGUGGAACAAUCGCCCAAGCUCAAGAGGCAGAGGGAGGCCGAGACACAAUUACCCAAACCCAAGAGGCGGAGGUUGAGUAAGCUGAGAACACGCCAUUGCACUCAAGCCUGGGCAAUAAGAAUAAAUCCGUGGGUCGAAAAAAAGAAAAAAAUCAAAAAAUAAAACAAAACCCACACUCCAAAAACAAACUAACAAAGAAUAAAUAAAUAAUAUAAAAAUAAAAUAAA